CCUUAAUAUCUUUAGUCAUCAGUUUCUUACAAUUACGCUGCUGAUAACUCUGCUUCUUCAAUUCUGCACAGCUUAUGUAGGGUGAACCAUUCUUCAUCCCAUCUUGAUAUGUAAUUUGAGAAAACUCUUCAGUGAGUUGGUCAAAUUCAUUAUCUUUCGAAUAUAGAUUUUCUGUUUCUUUUUCUGAGUUUAGUCAGAUACUCUGCAAUAAUGGGUAUGGCCAUCUCAAGACUAGUAAGGAUGUUGUUUGCAAAGCGUGAAAUGAGAAUUUUAAUGGUUGGUCUUGAUGCUGCUGGAAAGACAACCAUCCUCUACAAACUGAAGCUUGGAGAGAUUGUUACUACCAUACCCACCAUAGGUUUUAAUGUAGAAACAGUGGAAUACAAAAAUGUUAGCUUCACUGUAUGGGAUGUGGGAGGCCAAGACAAGAUUCGACCUUUAUGGAGACACUACUUUCAGAACACUCAAGGGCUCAUAUUUGUGAUUGACAGCAAUGACAGAGAAAGAAUAGUAGAAGCCAGAGACGAGAUCCAUCGAAUGUUGAGUGAGGAAGAACUACGUGAUGCCACACUGCUGGUUUUCGCCAAUAAACAAGACCUUCCCAAUGCAAUGAGUGUUGCAGAGAUCACAGAUAAACUUGGCCUGCACUCACUUCGUCUACGCCGUUGGUACAUCCAAAGUGCUUGUGCUACCUCUGGUGAAGGACUCUACGAAGGUCUUGAUUGGUUAUCCAACAAUAUUUCUACCAAGCAGACAUAAAUCUUGAUGGCAGCAAAGACUUUGGACUUCUCAGUACAGCUCCUACAAGAUUGUAUCUAAGAAUAACCGACGUUACUAGUUUGGUUUCCCUCGUAUCAUGUUAGGACCAAGAUAUGUUACAUGAUACAUUAUAAUUAUGAAAUGAAUAUUGUCGGACUUAUUAAGGCUAUUGUAAUGAAAGUAUUCUAAUUUGGUGAUUCAGUUCAAAAUAUAAUCACUAUGCAA